UCCCCUCCAUCCCUCCCUCCGGUCUCACCCCGGGCACGGGGUUCGACGACCUUUAGCCAUCCCUAGAAGCCCUGAAGGGUACGACUUCUGAUCCCUGAUUUCUUAGAGCUCAGGGUUCCCUUACCUGGCGAGCGCCACAGCCGAUGGAAUCUCCCGGUGGCUAGAAGCACACUCUGUCCAGAACUAUGGAGGUGUCACUGACACAGUUUUCAAGGACUCAGAGUCAUCUCUACGCCAGGAGGAGGAAUUAGGAGAGAACUUCUUGAAACUAGGAGAGGACUUCUUGGAGGUUCACCAUUCUGAUAAGGAAAGCUGGAAAUAGGGAGAGAAAACCCUAAGCCUGUCAGAACUACCUUCCUCUGAUUCCUUUAUGAACACCUUGGCCUUCACCUCCCUUCCAGCCUCCCUGGGCAGAUUGAGCACCGGGCUAUGGGGGCUGUGGAAGAAGCCUGCCUUCUUAUUCCCCAGGACAGGAGCUUCUGGGCCCCAGGUGGCAAGCAAGAUGGAAUCCCAUGCCCUCCUUCCUCUGAAUGAAACGGAUCUGGAAGAACAGUUUGUGAAAGGGCACGGUCCUGGCGGCCAGGCAACCAACAAAACGAAUAAUUGUGUGGUGCUGAAGCACAUCCCGACCGGCAUCGUGGUCAAGUGCCAUCAGACAAGAUCGGUUGAUCAAAAUCGAAAGCUCGCAAGAGAGAUUCUUCAAGGGAAAGUGGAUCUCUUCUAUAGAGGAGAAGACAGUCACAUUUAUAAAGCUAAAAAGGAGGCAGAGAGAAGGAAGAGAGAAAAGAAAAAAAAAGCAAAGGAAACCCUGGAGAAAAAGAGACUGCUAAAGGAGUUGAUGUUAAAGGAAUCGAAGCCCACAGCGCCCAUGCUUGGAGGAGUGAUGCCCCCUGGGCAGGGCAGGAUCAGCCGGGUCACUGGCACGUAGCUUGGCCAGGAACCCUGAUGGCAGCCACCCCCUUACAGCACGCUCGCAGCAGCAGCUUCAAAGAAGCAUUUGUGGACAGAUUCCCAAGCCUCCUGAGCUGGCGGACAGGGCCACAUGUGGGUGGCAGUUAGGGUGACCUCAUCAUGAACUGGAAGGUAUCUCUGGGAUGUAGAGGAGUCACCAGUUAUGCCAAGUUAAAUACAGAGAAAAGAUAGAUUUUGAAAGCUAAUGUGUCACUUGCCAGUUUACUUACUCUUAGCUAAUGAAGGAAAGGCAGGAUGAAAAACCUUAACUUGCCAAGUCCUUUCUGUUCUACCUUAUAUAUAGAAAUCUUUUUUUUUUUUUUUAUUGGUAUUGUGCUCAGAAUAAUAUUUUGAAUAAUCUAUUAUAAUUUUCUGAGGUUGGAUCAUAAUUGAUUUCUUCCUGGAGCAGCUAAAUUUAAAGUUUGUUUUUUAAGAUUCACCACCUUACCACCUCACACCCAAAUCAGCAAAGAUUGUAAAAGAAGGGAAAAUUCACUGUUGGCAGGAUUGUGGGAAAAACAAGGCAGAACAACUCAAGGCAAAUGGGGCUGUGAUUUGGACCAUUUUGAAAAGCAAUUUGAAAUUAUGUAAGAAAUUUUUACAAAAUUGUUCCUAUAACACUUUAACUCAGCAUUCCCACUACUGAAUGUAUACUUUCAAGGAAGCUAUGGACACCAAAAUAUUCAUAGCAGUGCUAUUUAAACAGUUGUUAGAAUCGAAAUUUCUCUCAGUUGCAGAAUGACCAGACAAUUUAUGGUAUCUGGAUAGAAUAUUAUCAUGCCGCAAGGAACAACAAAUAUGAAGGAUGUGGAAAUACUUGUCAAGUGAGGCAAGGGUGGGGGAAAGAGAAAGAAACUUAAAGGGACAACAGGAAGCAGCUAUGGAAAUGGAAAGUCCGAGCAGCACAGGUGGGGAUAAUUUGAACCAAUUAUUCCUGCCAAAUCCCCUCCAAAAUUUGAAAAUCCAGGAUGUGUCAGAAUCAUUGGGCACAGUUGGUACUAAUUUGUGAACCAGUCUUUUUUUUGCUGAGGCAGUUGGGGUUAAGUGAUUUGCCCAGGAUCACACAGCUAGGAAGUGUUAAGUUGUCUGAGACCAGAUUUGAACUCAGGUUCUCCUGACUUCAGGGUUGGUGCUCCAUCCACUGUACCACCUAGCUGCCCCAUGCUCUUAAUGCACAAGGCCACACGUACCAUUAGUCGGUGUCAUCCUUACAUUGAUUUUACUUUCAGAAUUAGCGGGAGCUUGGUGGGUUUGUACAAUGUGUCAACACAAAAUCAGGAAAAUUGUCUAACCCUACCAUCUAAAAUCGUUAAACUUACCAAACAGUGAAGGACAGUAGAACUGCUUCUCUGUUCUGCCCCAGCCUAUGCUUUCCAGUCUACGUAACUCCCGUGUAGGAAGGAGCCGAGAAAGCCCCCUCUCAGGGUCAAACCCUAUUCCUAUUUAGGACAUCGGCCUGAGACACUGCAUCUUAGUCUCCUUUCUGCCAAACAGACUCCAUCUCCCAUUUUGUAAUUGAUGCAAAUCAACAUUUCCCUCAUUCCCUCACUAUAAAUGCAUCUAUUUCCACCUCUGCCCAAAAGGCUUCUGAAACAUGAUCAUAACACAAUCAACACACUGCUGAGCGUCUGGUCCUGCUACCCAGCAAUUUGUCGUUUCAUCCAACAUCCCCGGAAUAAAAACAAACCUACAUACAUUUUGAUACAAAUUGUUAAUGAAAAUAAGCUUUAUUACAUCAAGUAAUAAAUACAUACAAAGAUGCACGUAACAGUUUUAGUCAUUUAUCCAGAUUUUUUUUUUAAUCAUUCUAUAGCAAAUUCAAGACCUGAAAUCUACAGUCUUCAUCUGAAAAGUAACUAUCUGGGUUCUUAAUUUUUUAGUAGGCUGAUCAGUCCUUUGUAUUUAUAACUCAUGCAUUUUAAAUUGACCUCAAAGCACGAACAAUCAUGCAAAUGCUCACACACCAAAAAAAAAAUAUUUUUUAAAGCAGGGUCUCACAUAGCCCUAAAUGGAAGAUCCCCAACUGCCCGGCAGAACAUGCAGUUGGCA